AAAAUUCAUUGUAAUUGCAUUUUAAACGUCAUACUUGCAGAAAUUGGCAAACUCAAUUUGGAUUUAGCUAAAGCAAAUUCCGAUUUUGAGCAGCAUUUGUGUGAAGUUUGUGCUAGCUUCUCUCCACUUUUAGUUUCAGUAACAACAACAACAGUUCAAAGCUGUUCCCGUUCCCCACAACAACAACAACAGUUACUAAACAAACCCAACGCCCGUUGUUACUCGUAUUAUCGUAGCAACCAACAAAAACACCAAUCAUCUCCAGAGUUAAAACUGGCUCUCAAGAGCUUUCAGUAUUGUGCUUGUGCUUUUACUAACGCCCUUCGUCUCCGCCUUGUUGAUAAGCGUUGUCGCUUUACGUAUUAUCUACGUGCAGAGUCGUGCCACCUCAAUACUCUGGUAUCAUCGAAGCAGUUUGUCAAAGUGCAAAAACAGUUUUAUCGCGACUACUCGACCGUCUCGUUGGGCGUUCCAUUGAAAUCGAGCGACGCGCCACUUUUGGGCGAUCUUUGCAGCCGUUAUCGUGCCAUAUUAGAACAUACCUCGGCAGACGUCGGAACAGGAUCGGGAUCUGGAACUGGUUCAAAAUCUAGCAAUUGUAGAUUAAUUCACAACUGUUGUACGCAUCGCCAUCAGGAGGAAAAAGGACGCAAUAUGGAAAAAGCUGAAACCGAAUUUACACGCUUGCCGACCAAUGUGGUUCCAACGCAUUAUGAACUUAUGCUGCAGCCAGAUCUGACCGCUUUCAGUUUUACGGGAAAGACAAUCGUGCAAAUCAAAGUCAAAGAGCCAACGUCUCGGAUCACCCUGAAUGCCCUGGACAUAACCAUUGAUAGUGCAGAGUUGCAAUAUGAAUGUGAGAAGUUGAAGCCGAAUUGCAUCAAUUACUCCAAGGAGAAUGAGACGGCCACACUGCAAUUUACCGAGGAGGUACCAGCUGGCACUUCCGGUGUGCUCUACAUGACCUUUACCGGCGAGCUGAAUGAUAAGAUGAAGGGUUUCUAUCGCAGCAAAUACUUCAGUGCCUCUGGGGAGGAGCGUUAUGCUGGAGUCACCCAAUUUGAGGCUACGGAUGCCCGUCGCUGUUUUCCCUGCUGGGAUGAGCCGGCUAUUAAGGCCACCUUUGACAUCACUUUGGUGGUGCCCAAGGAUCGUGUCGCUCUCUCCAAUAUGCCAGUGAUGAAGGAGGACGAUUUGCCCGGUGAAAUGCGUCGCGUUCGUUUUGAUCGUACGCCCAUCAUGUCCACCUACCUGGUGGCCGUCGUUGUCGGCGAAUACGAUUUUGUGGAGGCCAAGUCGGCGGAUGGCGUCAUUGUGCGCGUCUUUACGCCCGUGGGUAAAAAGGAACAGGGUCAGUUCGCUCUUGAGGUGGCCACCAAGGUGCUGCCCUAUUACAAGAGCUACUUCAACAUUGCUUAUCCACUGCCCAAGAUGGAUCUCAUUGCCAUUUCGGAUUUCUCGGCUGGCGCCAUGGAGAACUGGGGUCUGGUCACCUAUCGCGAGACCUUUGUCCUGGUGGAUCCCAAGAACACGUCACUGAUGCGCAAGCAAUCGAUUGCUCUUACUGUCGGACACGAGAUUGCUCAUCAAUGGUUCGGUAACCUGGUCACCAUGGAGUGGUGGACUCAUCUGUGGCUCAACGAAGGCUACGCUUCCUUUGUGGAAUUCCUUUGCGUGCAUCAUCUGUUCCCGGAGUACGAUAUUUGGACACAGUUCGUCACGGACAUGUAUACGCGUGCUCUGGAAUUGGAUUCGUUGAAGAACUCGCAUCCCAUUGAGGUGCCGGUGGGACAUCCCUCGGAGAUUGACGAGAUCUUCGAUGAGAUCAGCUAUAACAAGGGCGCUUCGGUGAUCCGCAUGCUACACGAUUAUAUUGGCGAGGAUGAUUUCCGCAAGGGAAUGAACCUUUACCUGACACGACAUCAGUACAGCAAUACCUGCACUGAGGAUCUGUGGGAGGCACUGCAAGAGGCGAGCUCAAAGAAUGUGGGCGCUGUCAUGUCCAGCUGGACCAAGUACAAGGGCUUUCCCGUUGUCAGCGUUGAAUCCGAUCAGAAGAACGAUACACAGCGAGUGCUACGUCUAAGACAGAGCAAGUUUACCGCCGAUGGAUCGAAGGCCGAUGAAGAUUGCCUCUGGGUGAUCCCCAUUUCGGUAUCUACGUCGCGCAAUCCCAACCAAAUCGCCAAAACUUUCCUACUGGAUAAGGCCUCCAUGGAAGUGGUGCUGGACGAUGUUAGUGCCGAUGACUGGAUCAAAAUCAAUCCCGGCACUGUCGGUUAUUACCGCACACGCUACUCGCAUGAAAUGUUGCAGCAGUUGCUGCCCGCCGUUGAGAACAUGGCAUUGCCGCCGCUGGAUCGUCUUGGUUUAAUUGAUGACAUGUUUGCCAUGGUGCAGGCUGGCCAGGCUAGCACCGUUGAGGUGCUCCAGCUCGUUGGCUCCUAUCGCAAUGAGACGAACUAUACCGUGUGGACAGCCAUCACCAAUUCACUUGCCAAUCUGCAUGUACUGAUCUCCCACACAGAUCUCAUGAAUGACUUUAAUAAAUUUGGACGCAGUCUUUACGAGCCGGUUGCCUCGCGUCUUGGCUGGGAGCCACGUGAGAACGAGAAUCAUCUGGACACGCUGCUGCGCAGCCUAGUGUUGACACGCCUCGUCUCCUUCCGCAGCCCCGAGGUCACCGAGGAGGCACGCAAACGUUUCCGCAGCCAUGUCAAUGGCACCAAGCCGUUGCCCGCGGAUCUGCGCAGUACCUGCUACAAGGCAGUUCUACAGGACGGCAAUGAAGAGAUAUUCCAGGAGAUGCUCACGCUGUAUCGCUCGACGGAUCUGCACGAGGAACAGGAUCGUAUUUCCCGCGCUCUCGGCAGCAUCGGCGAUGUUAAUCUGCUGCGUCGCGUCAUUGAUUUUGCCAUGUCGGGAGAGGUGCGCGCCCAGGACUCGGUAUUCGUCAUUGUAGCCGUGGCUGUAAAUCCCAAAGGACGCGACAUGUCCUGGGAGUUCUUCAAGGAAAACAACAAGAAGCUGCUGGAGCAAUAUCAGGGUGGUUUUCUGCUGACGCGACUUAUCAAAUACUUGAUUGAGAACUUUGCCUCCGAGGAGAAGGCCCGCGAAGUGGAGGAGUUCUUUAAGACCAACCAGAUACCCGGCUGUGAGCGUACUGUCUCCCAAGCCGUGGAGACAAUUCGCCUUAAUGCCGCCUGGCUGGAGCGCGAUCUGGAGAAGUUGUCCAAGUAUCUCAAGGGCGAAUAGGCGAGUCGGUGACAUGACGCAUACCAAAGCAUUUAGCAACAACAACUAUAACAACAAGAACCCGACCAAAGCUGUCACAACAAACACCUUUUAAGUGAGCCAAAUAGGUUAGCAUUAUUAAGCAGCAACUAAAUACAAACUGACAUCUCUCGGCAUCUCUCACGGCCGGCCCACAUCUAGAGCCCAGCGGCAUUUAUAGCCGAGUUCAAUAAUUCAAGUUGCUCAUUCUAUAUAAAAUGUGCACUUCUAUAUAUUAUACUUCUAUAACAAAUAUAUUAUGUUGAGUUUAUGACGAUAAAUAAAUAAAUGCAAUUAAAUUACCAAUUAA